AUGGCUUCGUCGUUGCGUCAUAUUGCUACGGAGCCUGGGAAUUUAAAUCAAAAAAUGAGCACAUCUGCUUCGGAAAAGGGAUUAAAUGAGCUACACAUAUGUGAUCGGAGAAAAAGUCCAAGCAGAACUUCAGAUUCCGAAAUAAGUGUUGAAACAAACAGUUUAUCUCACAGUUCGCAUCAAUCCGAACCUGUAAAUCAAAGAAAUCCUCAACUAUCUUUACCUUUAGAAUCAUCAACUCCUGUGAUAAUGGAUGUAGUAUGUGAUGAGAAGCCUGUUCAGCUCCAGAAACUGCACAGAGGAAGUGAAUGGGAAAUCUUAGAAGGCCUUAAGGAUGGGAAAAAAUGUGAAAUUAAACCUAAUAAAUUUGAAGGCUAUUUAAUGAAAAGAAGAAAGUGGCCUUUAAAGGGUUGGCAUAAACGCUAUUUUUUGUUAGAUAAGGGGAUUCUUACAUAUGCUAAAUCAUCUACUGAGAUGGCUCGUGGCAAAAUCCAUGGUUCUGUUGAUGUUGGUUUAUCAGUCAUUUCAACAAAAAGUCAGAGAAGACGCAUUGACAUCGAUGCAGAAGAGCAUAUUUAUCAUUUAAAGGUUAAAAACCAAGAUCUUUAUCAGGAUUGGGUUUCUCAACUUCGUCAUCAUAGAUUGUAUAGACAGCAUGAGAUUUCAUUUGGAACACGUGAGGCUCCAAAGAUUACAACCCCUGUGGAAGAAAUGCCAGGUAAUGCUUAAGGCUUAUCUUUCCCUGUAUCUUAUACUCCUCCAGUAACCAGUAUGCAAGAUUCUUCUGCAUGGCAAAAUAAUAGGCAUACUCUAAUACGUAGCCCAAUUUCUCAACAGAGUAGGGUUGCUGCUUGGAUUUUAGAUUCGUCAGCAAUAGAUCAAGGAAAUAAAGAUUUAUCCAGUUUACAAGAUAAAUUAUAUCAAUUAGAAUCUCUUUUGCAACAAUUAGAAAUGAAUGCCAAUUCAGAAGAAAAUUAUUUGGAGCUACCAGAAAAGCCUACAGUAGUGACCAAAAAAGAAAGAAAGCGAUUUCAUCUCAAAAAGCGAAACAAAAAUCAAAAAUCUAGUAAUCAGUCAAUUACUAAAAAUAAUAAAGCAAAUAAGCAAAAUGUUUCUAUCAUUGUUUCUAAAGAUGCAUCAGCUGCACCAUUCAAUAGUACAGAGAAUAUGGUUUCGUCUGAAAAUUUAAAUCAGGAAAAAAUUUCAGGAGAAACUGGAUUGCCUAUUUCAGAAAUGGCACACUUAAGCUGCUCUCAUCCUUCUCUAACAAGUAGUGAAGAUUUAAUUCGUCCUCAUAGUUUAUCUGAUUCUGUAUCAUUGAUGACAUGUUCUCUGCCAGAACCAUGCUCGUCUUCCACUCAUAAUUGUCUAUAUAAAUAUAGAGAGGAAUUUGUUUCAUUAGCUAAAGAAGUUCAUGGGGGGCUGAAAUCAGUUGUCAGAAGUCUUCAGACUGAAAGAGAGAGGUUGAAGCAGGUAUUAGAAACUGAGACUGUGCCUAGCAAUAGUAGUAGUGGUGCACUUAUUGCUUGCUUGAGAAAUUCUUUAAACCAGACAUUGCAACAAAAUAAAGACUUGAAAUCAAAGUUGCAAGAAAUUCGUACAUUAAGUGAUGUUAGCUGCAUUAUCCCUCCAGUAGGUACACCUGCUGGAGAUAAUGAUGAACCAACUCUCAUUCAUCAACCUCUACAGCCCUCCUUGUCUCAUGAAAGCUCUUCUGUCCUGUCGGCUUCUGAAUUCUUUGAUGCUGCUGAAAAUUUUUCAAAUUGCAGUACUUCGUCUGAGGGCUCUAUGUCAGAAGAAGAAGGUGGCAGCUUUUUAAGUGAUGCAUCGGAUGAAGGGACUGAAUACACACCAAUUCCUAGUGUUACUGAAGUGCCUGCUUUGCCAACCUGUAAUACAGGGAGGCGUUCUAAGCUUCCUGCUCCUAAACCUGAUACAGGAGAUUUUAGCCUAUGUAAUCUCUUGUUCAAAAACAUUGGAAAAGAUCUUUGUAAAGUUAGCAUGCCUGUUACAUUAAAUGAGCCAUUAUGUGUGCUGCAGCGACUUUGUGAAGAAUUAGAAUAUAGUGAGCUUCUUGAUAAAGCUGCAGAAACUGUUGAUCAGUAUGAAAGAAUGGUGUAUAUAGCUGCCUUUGCAGUAUCUGCAUACAGCUCAUCAUAUCAUAGAGCUGGUCAUAAACCUUUUAACCCCGUUUUGGGAGAAACAUUUGAAUGCAUUAGAGAAGAUAAAGGAUUUCAAUUCAUAGCAGAACAAGUUAGCCAUCACCCACCUGUCUCUGUUUGCCAUGCAGAAUCGCAAAAUUUCAUUUUUCAGCAAGAUAUGAGGAUUAAAACAAAAUUUUGGGGGAAGUCAAUGGAAGUCUUGCCUUUAGGAACUAUCCAUGUAUACCUACCAAAAACAAAUGAUCACUAUCAAUGGAAUAAAGUUACUACAUGUGUUCACAACUUGUUCAGCACUCAACGAUGGGCUGAUCAGUAUGGAGAAAUGAUUAUUACUGAAGAAAAUGGAGAUGCAACUUGCAAAUUAACAUUCGUGAAAGCUAGUUACUGGUCAAAUAAACAUCAUGAAGUGUAUGGAGCUGUGUCAUCUAGGGAUGGCAAAGUUGUACAUAACUUAUUUGGCAAAUGGACCGAAGCAUUAUACUGUGGAGUUGCACCAACUGUAAAAUGUAUAUGGAGACCAGGCACCAUGCCAGAAGACUAUGAAUUGUAUUAUGGGUUUACCAGAUUUGCCAUAGAACUUAAUGAAAUUGAUUCUGAAUUGGAAAAGUUGUUACCACCUACUGAUACAAGAUUUCGUCCAGAUCAAAGAUUAUUGGAGGAGGGAAAUAUUGCUGCUGCAGAGAUCAGCAAACAACAAAUUGAGCAGUCACAACGCGAUAGGCGAAAAAAAAGAGAAGAAUUAGGCAUUGAGUACAAUCCUAUGUGGUUCAAAAAAGUUAUUCUUGAUGACAAUAAGGAGCAGUGGGUAUUCACGAAGAAAUAUUGGGAGACAAGGAUAAAUCCCGGUUUUAGUAAUAUAUCAUUUUCAGAAAAGUUAUGGUAGCUAAUAUAUUUUGCAUGUGUAACAUAAGCAUCUUUUGCAUUAAGUAAACAAAGUUGUGAUAUAUAUAUAUAUAUCUAUACAUACAUAUAUAUAUAUAACUUAGCAUAUUCAUUACACUUGUUAUGUUUUUAAAUUUUUAACAAAAGAAAGGGUCUUUAUUUUACUUAGCACUUUAUUUAAAAUUUUGGAUAAUCAUCUUUUAAAGAAAAAGAAUGAAAAUCAAAUGUCAUUCCGUGUAAGUGUACUUGAAGAAAUGGUGCUGCAGGUUAAAAUAUAACCCUUUCUCUCUUAUUUUGUUUUAAAUUAAAAUAUUAUACACAUGCUGCAUUUAGUUAGUAUGUUAUUGUUUUAUUAUACUAAUGAAUAGAACUGUUUUAAAUGUUCAUUUAUUUUAAGUUG